AUGAAACAAAGUGAAACUCAUGAAUAUCAACCAAGAACAAAAGAAUAUAGUGAUCAGCUAAACGGAGUGAUUCGUAAAUUUUUCCAUGAUAUACCAGUUUUUCCAAAUACGAGUGAGGAGAUUAAGCAAAAACGAUUGCAAAUUAUUGUUGAUUUUGUAGAUAAAAUUGAUGAUCUAUUUAUAUUUAUUAAUGAUGAAGAUUACUAUGAUAAAGUGGAACGUGAAAUUGAAAAAUGUUUACGAAAACUGCCUAUGUGGGAACCAAAAUCUAAUCAGGAUAAACUUGAAUUUAAAAGCUAUCUAGAAGACAGAUUGUUCACAUUAAUAAAGACAUUUAAUAAAAAAUGGCAUAAUUUUAAAAUCAAAAGGAAAGAUAAUAUGGAAAAUGAAAUUAAUUUGCCACAGAAUUAUCUCGAAAGUACCACUGAAAAGGGCGCCGUAAGUAAAAAGCUAAUGAACAAAAUAAAACGAAUACUAGAAUCCGGGAUCAACGAGAAACAUAUUAUGAGAGAAGAAAUUGUCAAUAUCUUAGAAGAACUAUCACCUUACAUGCAAUUGCCUCAUGACAAAGAUGUUAAUAUAUUAGCUGGUGAUUUAACAAAACUUUUAAGUGACUCUGAGGAAAAAUAUGAAACUAGCGAUGAAUACAAAUCUACAAGAGAUAACUCUUCGAAUGAUUAUCAAUUAGGAGAAAAAGCGGAAGAUGAAAUUAUCAAUGAAAUCACUAAUGUUCUAUUCAACUAUGACGAUUUAAAUUUGCUUAGCAAUAAACGUAAUGUUGUUAAAGAAAUACGGCGAAUUCUCAAAUUAUCAGGAGGAUUUUCAGAUUCUGAAUCAUCAAGUUUGGCCAAAACUUUGAUGACAAAUGUAAGAGGUUGUUUUGAUGAAGAUCUUUAUACAAAAAAUGGUGGACGUAGUCAUUCCAGCUCAUUUCUGGUAUUAACAUCAGAACAAGACCUAUCAGAAAAGAGUGAUCCUCCAUUUCACUCAACUCCUAAAAACCAUGUACGAAAAAAAGAAAUUUCGACACUCAACAAAGCACAAAAAGUUUUCAUUGAGCCACAAAUGCAAAGAAAUGUUGAUGGGUUAGCAGAAAAUCUGAAAGAUAGGAUUGUAAAGCUACCUCACGAUGCGACACUGAACAGAGUUUAUCAGAAAAGGAUUGAUAAACAGAAUGAAGAUAUUGAGACUGAAGACAAACUAAACGAGUUUGUUGACAAACAUAUACGCCGAUAUAAUAUAGACGAUGAUGUUGUAAAUGGCGUUUUAAAAAUAAUGUUAUAUAGAGAGUUAUACAAAUUGAGUCCAGCAUCAAGGGAAGAGCUAUACAUUAACAGCAAUAAUGACGCUUUUAAUACUGAUGAAUUUCGCAAGGAACUAGAAAUAGCUAGCGAAAUACAUGACUGGCUGAAGAACAUACCUUUUUACUAUCCUUUACUCAAACCAGGGCGUGAAACUAUAGAAUUCGUUCACAUUCUAGCAAGAAAUAUUGCUAACAUAGAAUUAGAGAGAAUUAAGUAUCCAAAUAAAAUGAAUUACAAUUGGUUACAUACUCAGAUAGCAACGUAUAUGCUACAGAAAGAAGCGGCAAUUGCUAAUGAUGAAGACAAGCUUAAAAUAGAUCACUACGCAGGACAGCUAUAUAUGCGUAUUAUAAAUCUACGGAAAGAUGAGGAAAAUACAGAUGAACUUUGUAAAAUAAUUACAGAGCAUAUGAAGAAGUAUGAUACUUUAUUAGCAAAAGAUUAUCUGAAGAAAAUAUUAUGGCGUCGUCGGUUAGCUGAUAAUGUGAAGAAAUUGCUGCUCGCAAAACCUACAGCUUCCCGUGUUGAUGUAGAGAAGGCUCUAGCAAUGAUAUCCUUACCACAUGAUGAUUCUGUAUUCAAAUAUAAGAUGGAAAUUAAAUAUAAUAUAACUAUUCAUGACUGGCUACACGCUCUCCCACUACUACCACCAAAAGAUAACGAAGAAGAACAUAGAAGGAAAAAUAAGAUUCAAGAACUGUUACAAAAAAUAAUAGAAGCAGAUGAAAGAAAAGCUGGACACCCUCACGACACACAAAUUGAUGAUGACUUAGAUAAUUACAUAGCUUCUUGGAUAUCCCAGUUGCAGUUUGAGGAAGAUGCUGAUAUAAUUGUCCCUGUGAUGAUUUCGCAAUUGAGGAGUGGGUUGGAGUAUAUCAAAUGGACGGAAAUACAACCAAAGGAAACUUCGGAGCAUGGACUUACCAGGAGCAGACAGCACUCAAAAAUUUGCAGUCCCAAACAAAAAGAUCCAGGAGAGCAAAUGGUAGAAGCUAUCGAAAACUGGUGUAACAAUUUGCCAAUAAAAGAAGAAAAUAAUGAAGCUACGAAAGCUAAGAAGGAACGAACUGCUAUAAAUAUAUUCCAAAUAUUAGGAUCCCUUAAUGAUGACUCUCGACUUGAUAAUGAUAAUCAAAAGCUUAAAAAUAUAUUGGAUAACGAAAUUAAAGCACAGUUAGAGAAUUUGUCAGAGCAUAAAGGUAUAAACAAGAACAAAGAAAAAUUAAAAGCUGAUUUAGUUAAUAAAAUAAUGGAAAUAAAGACUAUGAUUAGAGACAUAACUGCUGGUGAUGAUUAUGUUCAGACUCUUGAAAAUACUAUAGAUGCUUCAUUACCUAAUCCUCAUCACCGAUCUCCUAAGUAUGAUCUCAGUUAUGAACUAUUCAAAAAGCGGAUGGUUAUGCUUUGGCUUCUAGAAAAUUAUGACUAUGCUGUUGACUACCACUCCAUGAAAUACAAAAAAAUGCUUGCGGCGGAAGUCCGUUCGCUAUCUGAAGAGGUCCAAAAUAAAAAUCUUUUUCCAGCAGACAAAGAUGAGAUGAUGAAUGAUAUAAUGAGCGCAUUAUAUACGACCAAUCCUCCUACUGAAGAUGCAAUAGUUGAUGAAAUUGAAAAUAUAAAACUUAGAUGUGAAAUUGAAAUAUGGGCAAACGAAUUGCCAUUAAAGGAGGCUUCAAAUUAUAACAAAGUAUGGGAACGUGAUCAGAUACUGACUAUAUUGAGCAAACUGUUGUUCGAUAUUGUAAAAAGAGAAGAAUGUGAUGCAGACGAAAAAAUGCGAUUGGAAAUAAUUAAAUGGACACAAAAACUGCCCCUAAUGUCCGAAGAGAAGACUAACGUAGCCAAAUACGCUGAAUUACUAAUGUGUUUUCUAAAAGCCACUGCAGACUCAAGGAAAUGCCAAAGACAACCCGAACCAAAAAACCUCACUGUUGUAGAAAAAACAUUGACCAACUUAAAAUCUGACGACGCAGUAUUGUCUAAAACAAAUCAGGGAAAUACAAGUCAAAUCGCGGAACCAAGCAAUCCCAAAUCUUGUGGUGGAUGUGGUAGUUGCGGUGCAUCGUUAGAACAACUUACAUUCCUAAUUAAUAAAUCUAUAAUCAACUGGUGUAUUCAAUUGCCAUUGCGAUACGGAGUUUGUGAUGAACAUAAUGUAGUACAAAGCACGAAAGAGCUCAUUUCACAAAGAUUAUUCCGAUUUGUAAGUGUGUUGAACUAUCGACCGAAUACGUUAAACAAUGAAGGAUUAUAUGAGUCCCAUUUGAAUUUAGAGAUAGAACGUAUUCUUUCACAGCUGGCAAAUGAUCGGGCCUACUGGGAAGAGCAACGUAGUAGAAACGAGAGGAAAUACCAGCUAAUAAAUGCACUUAAAGCAAUAAGACCUUUAGUCCAAGAGGUAAAAGAUCGAGAACUUUAUAAAGAAAAGCUAAAACAUACAAUAUCAAGUUUCCAUGAACCGAUGGCACAGCAUUCAGGGGUAGAAUUAAGCGAAAACACACAAAGGGCUAUUUUAGAUGAUUUCAUACAAUACAGUAAUCACAAAGGAGAUUUUGAAAACCAAGAGCUCUAUAAAUUGAAAAUAAACGAUGCACUAAAGAAUGAGUUAAACGAAGAUGUAGAUCCGUUACUAACAGCCAAUCGUCUAAUUUGUGAAUUAUCUAAAGUGGAAUUUCCAGCUCAAUCAGCUAAACAGAGAAGAUAUUCGGAACCAAACCCCAUUGGUUUAAACAAUUUGCCUUCAGCUUCCGCAUUAAGACGCCAUUCUCUACCUCCGUUACAAAAUUCCUAUCCAAGAUUUGUGAAAUCUCAACCUCAAGGACCCCCUUUGUCUACGUCUCUCCCAGCUCCAAGGUGUCAAAGACCGCCUGAUUUUCGACGAAGUCUACCUUUGACAUCAGAAGCAUUUCCCCCGCCUCUUUCGCAAGAACUUCCAGUUUUGUACCGGGCUUCUGCCCUUGACAUACGACCAUUUCCUUUGCCUCCUCCCGAGUUAAAUAUGACAAAUAACUCGCACGUUUAUCAAUCUCCAUGUCGAGGACCUCAAACAUUUUACAGAGGACAGGAAAAUCAACAAAAUCCUGUCAGAGAGUUUGCUGAGCAAUCUUUUAAAGAACGAGAACCAAUUCUUGAACACCAAAUGCCAUCUGAAAAGACAGGAGCAAGAGUUAUAACUACAGCAAGGGCCCGCAACGGUCCACGCUCUUCGUCAGAAUGUCCGGAAGAACGGCAGGGUCUUGCCGGGCAAGAAUAUUGUGAAACGUGUGAUAAAGACGAUGAUUGCGCUUACUUUAUGCCGUAUUCUCCGCGUAUGGAUUACAUGUAUUUCUGA